GAAGUUUUUGUUAACGUUGUCACUUCUGGUGUAAUUUUUUUUUUCAAUUGUUUUUUUUAUUAUUUUUAAAAAUGCAGUGCGAAUUAGAUUACACAAAUGAGCGUCGCUGGGAAGGAGGCUAUUUAAAGAAAAAGUGCAUGGAAAUUGGUGUAGAAGAUGAAUAUAACUUGUACCAAAGUCGGCUCCGCAGCUACUAUACAGGUGUAUAUAUUUUGCUGCACUGGAUUGUAAUCCUUGUGCAUAGCUUAUUUUUGUUGGCGACUUGCGAAGAGACGCAUUUAAUUUAUAUUGAUAUUUUUGCAUACGUGCUUGGAUCUGUCCUCAUAACAGCAGUGAUGUGGAUAAAUUUUGAGGAGGAACUGGUGAUCAGACGCGUUUGCGUAAUGUACGUGACCUCAGUGAUUACAGUACUAAUUCUGGUGAUCAUUGAUAUAAUAACUAAUAUGUAUCAUUAUCAUAAACAUGAUUGGGUUACAGGAUCGUUUUACGACACUUACAUUAUCCUGACGACCUAUAUGUUUUUACCCAUACCCCAUAUUUUACCACCUCUUGCCCUUGGCAGCACAGUGUCAUGUCUUUACGUUUGUUAUUAUUUUUACUACGUAGCCGCGCUAUUUAGGAAUGACUUUUCCAAUGCCCGCAACUUUAAUAAAAUGUGGGCAGAAGUUUCGCAUCACAUUUCCCUGAAUAUGCUCGGUGUAUUUUUUCGCAUUUCGCGUGAAAUUGUUGUUCGCUCCUCGUUUCUUGAUCGCCAUCAGUAUGUGAUGGAGGAUAUCUCGCUGCGCAAUGCACGUGCCCAGGAAAAGAUAUUUCUUCACAGCAUUUUGCCGCAGCAAAUCGCACAGCCCAUUCAGGACGAUAUUCGCAAUCGUAUUGCAAUGGCCGAAAAACAUCGCGACGUUCAUAUUGUCAGCAUGGCGCGCGAUCGCUUAAUGUCGAUUCAAACCCAUCCCGAUGUGUCCAUACUGUAUGCAGAUAUUGUCAAUUAUACGCAACUGACAACAACACUAACCGUUAAGCAUCUGGUUACACUUUUACACAAUUUGUAUGCUCGUUUCGACAAAGCCGCUUCACAUUUCACAGUGCAACGUAUCAAGUUCUUGGGCGACUGCUAUUACUGUGUGGCCGGUCUAACAGUUCCUGAUCCUGACCACGCCAAAUGUUGUGUCGAUCUGGGCCUCUGUAUGAUCAAUCAAAUACAGCAAGUGGGCAUCUCCCAAAAUUUGGAUAUUGAUAUUCGCGUGGGUGUUCAUUCGGGCAGCUUAUUUGCUGGUGUUCUUGGGGCCGCCAAAUUGCAGUAUGAUAUAUGGGGUACAGAUGUAACAAUUGCCAAUCGUCUGGAAGCCACUGGAAUGGCCGGCCAUAUUCAUCUGAGUGCGCGAACCCUCAAUUCGAUGACGGAUCACUCGUAUACUAUACUGCCAGGCACCGUUGCGGCCACUGAAGAUCCCUAUCUGAUGAAAUACAAAAUAGUGACCUUUCUCAUAGCUGCCACAACAACCACUGACGAAAUCAGUGAAUACGAAAGUGAUGAGGUCGAAACCCUUUCCCUAAGUCUGCAAUUGAGUGCUAAGUCCCAUAUGAGUGUAGGCACCUAUACCGUUGAAUUGCACAAUGAAUUCAAGCAAAUGCCAGUGGGACCCAUGGGAUUCCGAUCCUGGUUGAAACGAAUUUGUUAUAGUCGAAAAGACGAUGACAAUAGCACGGAUCACGCCUUUUCAUCGAUACGAUUUUAUUUUCUCGACUUUAUAGAUCCCCGUAUGGAGCAUGCUUUUCUCCGCCAGCCCGACUAUAUGCUCAAGUACAGCAUCUUGCUGGCCUGGAUCAUUUGCACCAGUUUGAUUGUGAUCGAAUUGGUCUAUCAACGUACCACCUCCAAAACAUAUGUUUUUGUUAGCUCUGGAGCGAUGCUAAGCUUUACCAUACUCCUUUUUAUAACGUGGUAUAAGAAGAUUUGCUUCUGGCGCUAUCCUGAAGGUGGACACACAUACAGCAUAAUCAGCUGCCUAAUAUUCCGUAUCGCAGAGAACAUUCAGCGCAGUCUUAUCAAACGUGUGGCCAUUUAUAUGUUCACCGUAACAACGUACUUUGGCAUUAUAUCUGUGAUGCUGAUGGAAUGUAAUGUGGACGAAUAUCAAAUGCUGCACAUUGAGAGCAAAAUCUAUCUUUAUGAGCCGGAACCGAACAUGUGCUUUCAGCCUUGGGUGUUGACCAACAUGAUCUGCCUGAUCAUGGGCAUGAGUUUGAUCUUCUCACGUAUUCCAUUCGUGAUGAAAUUGAUGGUUACCCUCUUGGAGGUCAUCAUCUAUAUGGUGCUCAUAUUCUAUCAGUUCAAUUACAUAGUUCAUCAUAGCCUGUCGACGAAUCCGUACUUUUUAGCUGAGUACUCGCAUUGUAUAUUAAUUCUAACCACUUUCCUAAGUCUGUGCCUUAUGGAACGGCAGACAGAGUUUAAUGACAAGAUGAACUUCAAAUGGCGAGCAGAGCUAAAGAAAAAACAGAAAGCGGGUAGUUUGGCCGAUCAGUCUAUAUCCAUACUAUUACACAACAUUUUGCCUGCUCAUGUUGUCAACAUCUAUCUGUCAUCCUUGGCCAAGCAUGAGUUGUACUACGAAGAUUACUCCAUGGUUGGCGUUAUGUUCGCCACCCUAAUGAAUUUUCAAUUGGAUUUGUCCAGUUUACGCGUUCUUAACGAGAUCAUAACCGAAUUUGAUAAUGUGUUAAGUUAUUACAAGGACGAUUACUUGGUGGAAAAAAUCAAAAUUGUAGGCUGCACUUACAUGGCUGCUUGUGGUCUGGACAUACGUCUCUCCUCCACUAUAAGCGGACGACGAAGUACUCGUAGUUCUAUUGCCCAGGAGGUUGCGCGAGCCCGACGCACUCUGCAGUUCUACGAACAGCAUGGACACAAAAAAGAGGAUGUUGUCUUUGUGAUAACGGCCUUCGCUUUGGAUUUAAUUCGUUCUCUUUAUAUGUGCAACUCCAAUUACAAGAAUUUGCCAUGUGAUCGCGAAUUAUUCUCGGCCAAAAUGAGAGUUGGCAUUUCAAGUGGAGAGGUUAUGGCUGGCGUCGUGGGUGCUUCGCAGGUUCACUAUGAUAUUUGGGGCAAUGCGGUGAAUAUGGCUUCGCGCAUGGACUCUACUGGAGUCGUUGGCCACAUACAGGUGACGGAUGAGACGGCUACUAUUCUGCGAAAAUGUGGUAUCAAAUGUGAUUUCCGUGGCCUAACCUUUGUUAAGGGGCGGGGCAUUUUGCCCACCUAUUUUGUAGGCAUCGACGACCAUUAUAAUUUCCAGUAUAUCGAAGAGGACGAGGGCUCGUUUCAAGUCAACGUACAUAAUUUAUCUGAUUAAAAAAUACUAGCGUCAAUUUA